GUCCCACAGCCUCUGGGGUGCACCUGAGGGGGACAGAGCCCAGCCCUCGGCUCACAGAUAAGUGAAGUUGGGUGGCAAACAGAGGUCUCAGACAUGCAACUGUAACUGUUUUCCUGUUGCCCACGUGGUUCUGUUGGAGGGAAGUGACUUGGAAGACAGUUGUCACAUGAGACCAUUCCUUCCCCGGGGGUGUCUUGCACCCCUCCCACCACCCCUGCCUUGCUCCCCAUCAGGCCGAGGGCCCCCGACACCCUCUACACCCUCUCCCCCUGCCCUCGGCUCUGCUGCGGUCCUCCACCACUAUCCGGAGCCUCACCAUCUCCUUGCUGAGUCCCACCUGGGAGUGAGGUCAGCCAGUGUUUGUCCUCCUGUGUCAGAGAAAGAGGAGAGGGCAGCUGAGCGGUGGCACACCUGGCUGAACGCUCACAUCACAGUGCACAAGGACCCAGGUUCAAGCUCCCGGUCCCCACCUGCAGGGAGAAAGCUUCACAAGUGGUGAAGUAGGGCUGUGGAUCUCUCUCUGUCUCUUUCCUUAUCUCUCCUUUGCCUCUGAAUUUCUGUUCCUAUCCAGUAAUAAAUAAAUAAAAGUAUAAUUUUAAAAGAAGAGCGGGGAAUGUUGGAGAGGGAAGAAAAAGAGUGAGACGAACACAGUGAGGGGACUUCCCGGUCUCUGAGAGCUGUGCUGAGUGUGGCCCACAGCCUCCUGCAGUUUUGGGGUGCUUGGCUUGUUCCAGGGUCUGAAGCAUCACAGACAGCUCUGCUGUAAACGUGGGUGUGCAGAGGUCUGGGGACGUGUCUUUGCGUGCGCCAGCUGAACCUGUCUGGCGGUGCCCCUGGUGCUGCGCAGCCUGCGGGCCGGGCGUGCUGUGCUCCAUAGGCUCCUUUCCCCCACCCCCGGCAGACCUGGCCCCUGUGAGGCACAGCUGGUUGUGAGCCCCUUUCCCUGCCCUGCUCCGCCAUGGCUCUAUAGUCUCUCUUGGUGGUUCUUGUGGGCCGUGGGGACAGUAGCACAGCCAGGCAGACUGUGUGAAGAUGGGGGCCCCCAUGUGUCAGCCAAAGACCCACCCUGCCUUGCUGCCCCCGGUGAGAUGAGCCUGCCCUGUGUUCCUGCCCCACACAGCUGGGCUCCCUCCCAGAGGCCUGGACACUGGUCCUGGCGUGACUGGAAGGGCUGGGAUUGCGGAUGCUCUGUCCCCUGUAGCAGCUGUGAGUCUUCCUGGAGACCUCCAGGAGACCCCCAGGGUGAGGUCAAGGCCCCUCAGCCUCUUCCCCCUUCGCCCACCCUUCUCUGUUCCCCUCCCCGCUACUGGCAGAGCUGUGUCAGCCAGUGUCAGAGGGAGCCUCUGAGGCCUCGGACAUCUCUGUUCAGACUUCAGGGACUGAUGUUCUGUGCAGGUCUGGAAAGGUCACCCAGAAGUGCACUGUUCCUUCUGGACAACAGCAGUGUCUGUGCCAGCUGCUGCACCUGACGCCCGCUCUGGUGGCCUCCUGGGCCAUGGCCGCCCCUCUCUGGGGUCCCCAGAGGGAUUCUCCCCGGCAGCACCUGCCAGGCAACUGCCUGAGGGCAAAGACGGUCCCCUCCCGGGGACUCAGCGCCUGGCUGUGGGCCCAGCUAUCACCAGCGCGGGCGUGUUUGCUUUGAGUCUACUGCCUUCUGCAGGGAAGGCUGGUAGUGGCUGUGAGGCCUCAUGGAGACGGAAGGAGUGGAGACGGAGGGGUGAGCCGUGCUAGCCCACCACCCAGGGCGCUUCUGCCACUGCAGUGAGGUGAGGUCAGGAGUGAAGCCUCUGCUGCACUGGCCAUGGCUUAGGUGUCGGUGACUUGGUAGGUUCACUUCACAGGCUGUAAGAAAAGUUGUCCUCCACCCCAAGGGGACUGGUUGAGCAAGCUAGUCAACCUCGGACUCGUUGGAGGGAAAGAACAGGUGUCCUUCGGUCCACAUGAGGCAUUUCCCUGGCUGUGCAGCCCAGAGCCCACAGGCCAGACUGGGGCUUUUAUUUAAGCCAAACUGAGCACAGGGGCCAGGGAGAGAGGAGUGAGGUGGGGUGUCACCCAGCCAGGAGAGGGCAAAGCAGGUGCGUCUCCCUAACACAGAGCUCAUUUCUGGAAAGGGCCCCCCCGGGGGGGGGGGGACUCUUGGUUUCAAAGGCCGGGGAGAGCUUCCCCAGCAGCCACCGGGCCCCUGGCAACCAGCCACUCCACCCCGAGGCCUGUUGUCUGCUCAGCCCCCUGAGGGCAGCAUCACUGCCAGGGCUUCCCGAGGGGGAUGAGGAUGGAGGCAGAGGGUGUAUCGGCGGUGUCAGCUCACGGCACGGAGGGGCAUGCCUGGGCAGUGAGUGGGGCGACAGCUCGGUGCUCCGCCAGGCUGUUGUUUGGGCUACUGUACGUGCGGGUGGAGGCAGACAGAGCCCCGCCUGAAGCCCUGUGACGGCAUGGAUGGGCUUCCCCGAGAGCCUGGGCUCUUAGGUGGGCAGCACUCCCAGCGGGCACUGGGGCUGCAGGGGGCCGAAGGGGCUGAACCUGGAGCCCCAGGCAGCCAGCAUCCUGUCUGCAUGAGCAGGCGGGUGUGGCCCCAACACCCCAGCCACCUCCCAGCCCACCGCUGUCCUCACCUCCUAGCUGGUGACCUCUGGACACUGGGUGGGAGCCUGAUCUGUGGCGGGAAGGAGGGGCAGGCAGCCCUCGCUCAGGAAAGCAGAGCUGGUCUCCCCAGACUCACACAUCUCCCCACCCCACACCCACUUGUUCUUGCUGAGGCCUCACAGCUCGAGGGGUGUCCCUGACCAAGGUGACGGUCGCAGCCAGCACACAGCCAGCACACCUUGCCCCUUCGUGGCUUGUUAGAGAAGCAGAGUGCAGUGCUGGAGGACAGUCUGCAAGUCCAGUGCUCUGCCCACUGCACCACACCCCCAGUCACGAAGGGAGGCAGUGGGGAGAGAGCCAGCCAGCGCUGCUCGGUCUGGGUCCGGCUUACGUAGCGAUAUCGUGCUGGGCUGCACCCUGGGCUGCAAGUCUGUGCUCCACUGCUGCACUCCUGGGCCAGCAGGAACUCACACCCUCACCCACCCCACUCCCAGGAUCUCCAGAGCUUCACUGCCAACUCUGAGUGUAGCCGCACCAGGCCCUGGGUGGGUGAGGGUGACCGGGCACAUAAUCCGUAUCCCCGCUGCCCUGCAGCCCCUGGGCAGCCUGUGGGCCUGACUGCCCACGCCAGGUUGGAGGAGGCCUAAGGGCUGAGCCCCGCCCCGCCCCGCCCCAUCCCGCCCCUCGGUGCCCAGCCUCCACCCUCCAGCCUCCAGGGCAGGCGGGCCUGCAGGGCCAGCAGAGAAGGAGGAGGAGCAGAGGCGGGCAGCGGGCGGCGGUGGGGGGAGCACAAGCCCAGCUGGCUCAUGCGGCCUGUUCAGCGGGCGCCCUGCGGCCUCUGGCUGGGACUUGCGCUCUGCCUGGGCGCUGCCUCAGGGGGGCUUGCCAGCUGCCACUCGCCUAAAGCCCUGCCAUCAGCGAAGCACCGCCCUCACGCUCAGACCCACCAUCCCCAGAGCGAAGGUCUAACCACAGGACUGGCCCUGACACAGCCCCAGACCUCACCAUCACUAACCCUGCAGGCGACUGGCCCAGCCCUGACUCUGUACGCCCCCCAGCCGGCCAUCAACGCCACGGUGGCGCAGGACGUGCUGCUAUCGGUGGCCUACUCUUGCCCCGGCGUGCCCACCAUCGAGUGGACGCACACGUCCACGUGGGGCGCCCGCAGGGUGGCAGCCUGGCAGCCCGGCGCAGGGACCAACGUGUCGCGCAGCCACCAGGGCCGCGUGUGCACCUUUGACAACGGCUCGCUGCAGCUGCUGCACGUGGGCGUCCGAGACACCGGCUACUACGUGGUGAUGGUAAGCGAGCGCCUGGGCGGCAGCCGGCUAACCACCAUCACGCUGCACGUGUCGGGUGAGUCCCGGGCGCGGGGGGGGGGGGGGGGGGCGCGGGGGGGCAGGCGUCCCGGCUCAGUGGCCUCCCCUACCCCAGAGGUCCUCUACGAAGACCUGCACUUUGUGGCCGUCUUCCUGGCCCUGCUCGCCACCGUGGCCGCCCUGCUGGUCAGCCUCCUGUGGGUGUGUGACCGCUGCACCCACAGACUCCAGAGGAGCGGAUGCAAGCUCGCAGGAGGCGCCACUGAGGAGCUAGAGCUGCAGGAGCUGCAGUGCUAGCCGCCUGCCCGCCCUGCCCUGCCCUGCCCUGCCCUGCACCCUCUUCAGUCAGCUGCAGCCCUGGCCGGUGGAGAAGGUGCAGCAUGCCCUGUCCUGUGUGUGCGCGGGCAGGCUGGAGGUGAGGGCGCAGAGCGUCUCAGGAAGAGCAGCCCAGCGUGGGAAGCACGGGGAGAGGCGCCUUCUUCCUGGUGCCCCCUCCCGGCCCGGCACAGGCGGGACAGAGGCAGAAGGCCCGUCUCCAUGUGGCCUGUGUGGAGCUGGGCCUGGCACAGGCGGUAUAACCAGUCAGCGGGUGGACUGAUUGACACUCUCUGCCCAGCCAGGCCUUGUCCUCUCCCUCCUGCGCAUGGCCAUAGGGCACACACCUACCUCAGUCCUCAUAGGCCAUGGGAAGCCACCUACCAGGAUUCAUCAAGGGCUGGGUGGCCAUGUGCAGACCGCCGGGCCCCCGGUGCUAGACUGUGAGGGGCUAAGAGACAGCCGUGCUUGUGCUUCACAUACUCUCAGGGUGUGGUCCCCUCUGCCCCCACUCCUGUCCAGUGGGCUGGGGACUAGGCAUGAUGUCCCUUCUCUGUCCUCCACCCCUGUCUCCAGUGCUCCCUGUCCCAUGUGGCAGGUGUCCCUGUCCUGCCCAGCUCAAAGGAGGGGGCUGUUGGUCUCCACUCUGGCCCGCAGCUCCAACACCUGCAUGUCCUGUGGCCAGUGUCCUCUCAGAGUCCUGCACUGAGGAACCAUGAGCCCCCAGGGGCCCCACACCACACUUGGGCUCUUCAGCCGGGGUGGGGUUCUGGGCCUACUGGGGCUGGCCCCCUAGCAGGGCCACGCAGUACGCUGAGAGUCAAGAAAAACUGGGUGGAGGGCACUCAGACACUUUCUAUUUAAUCCCAGAGCUCUGCUCAGCUCUGCCACGUGGGGGUGCCUGGGAUUGAACCUGGGGCCUCCAGGCCUCAGGCACGGAAGUCUGUUGCACUGUGAUAGCACUGUCUCCCCGCCCCGGCUCCUGGAUCCUUUCUCGUUGCCUAGAAGCCCAGGGCAGGGGAGGCAGGGAUAGAGGGUGAGAGGGUCUACUGAGACUUUGCUGCCUCAGGCUGCACUUCCCAAGCCCCCCCCAAAGGGCCCCAGGGCCUGAGGUAUGUGUCUGUUUUCCAAAAAUAAACUAUGACAUCAUAAAGGUCGGCCACUGCGGAUGUUCAGGUAUAAGUUGUUUCAAACUGUGAAGAAACCUUUAAUGGGUGAAAUAAAAGUGAAA